CUCCAGUAGCGCGCGUGUCUUUGAGCUUCGAGUUUCCAAACGCAGACCGUUACCGAGCUCGCCGGAGUGUAGAUCCUCAGAAGAACGUGUAGCUGGACACAGCAAUGGGACCGUACGAAACAAAAGAAGAUAUCAGUUUGCUAUGGAUGCUCUUCGCGGCGUUAGCAAAGAUUGUGGCGGUGUUCGCAACGACUGCAGUUUGCGUCAGAGCGUACGUUGUGUACACUAGGGGUGUUUGUAGGUCGAAGGCCACUAUGGAAGGAAAAACGGUCAUAAUCACUGGAGGCAACGGAGGCAUAGGAAAAGAAACGGCGAAAGAGUUAGCCAGGAGAAAAGCUCGGGUCAUCAUUGCCUGUCGCAACCUACAGAAAGCCGGAAGGGCGGCGCGGGAAAUAUUUGAGGAGACGCAGCAGUGUGUGAUCAUCAAGCCUCUUGAUUUGGCUUCCUUGACGUCAGUUCGAGCAUUUGCAGAGGAUAUAAUGAGAACGGAAUCAAGACUCGACGUGUUGAUCAACAAUGCUGGGGUCAUGGUAGAGCGUCCUGACGUGAAGCUGACAAAGGACGGCUACGAAGAGUGUUUCCAGACAAACUACCUCGGACACUGCCUGCUCACUCUGCUUCUUUUGGGUCUGUUAAAGAAGAGUGCUCCGAGUCGCAUCGUGAAUAUCUCGUCGUUUCUUCAUCACCUUGGCAACGUGGACAAUCUGCAGGCGAAGGCAAAAGGCACCGAUUUCGGCCCUUUAUCAAUGUUCAUUUACUUCCAUACCAAGCUCGCGAUCAUCAUGUUUACCAGAGCGCUGGCAUCCAAGCUCAAGGGCCAUGGGGUGACUGCGAACAGCGUUCAUCCUGGAGUUGUGGAAACUGACAUGGGUGGCUGCGUUACUGGAAUCUUUUCACUGAUGCGACUUUUAACCCUCAAGCUAUAUGGAAAGAGUGUUCAAGAGGCAGCCGAGACGAGUGUCCACGCUGCCGUGGAUCCAGCGCUGACUUCGAGCACGGGGAAGUACUUCGUGGACUGCAGAGAGGACUGGGUCAAUUGGAAGGCCCUUGACCCAAAGAAAACGAAAGAGGUGUUCGAAACAACUCUCAAGCUCCUUAACUUUGAUGCCGUUGAUCUUGACCGAAUACUAAGUUCGUAG